ACCCCUUUAAUACGGUGGAAAAGUGAGCCAAGGGAUGCGUGGAGGAUAUUCUGCUUAUGGGCGUGCGGGGUAGGGAAUGACAAGUAUGCAAACCUAUUUGCCUUUCUCUCCUCUCCAGUCUCUUGCCUUCACUUCACUGUCCAGAGUGAGUGAGAAUAAUUUUUUGGCAGAAGAUGCAGAUGCAGAUGCAAUUGCAGAGGCACACAUUUGCAUUGAGAAAUGUAAACCAGAUUCAGAGGGCGCCAUUGUCAUCGCCACAAGUGGUGACAAUGAAAGCACAGAUGAGAGAAAUCCAUUCAUUGCUGAAAUGGGUUGAUGAUGUAAAGGAGGGAGGAAUGCGGAAGAAGAAAUUGGUGUACAAUCACGAAGACUGGUUAAAGCACAGGAGCUCCACCAGGCACAUUCGGCAUUUCAUGUCCAGUCUGUCCUCCCGCGUCAUUCUGUCACUCAUACCGCCUGUGUGCAUAUUUACAGGCAUAGCAGCGCUGGUUGGGGCCUAUAACACGGUGGUGGGGGAAUAUGGGUUUCUAUCAUUACCUCUGAUUCACGCCAAUUCAUUGCCCUAUCAGCUCACGGCCCCUGCUUUGGCUCUGCUGCUCGUCUUCCGCACCGAGGCCUCUUAUGCUCGCUAUGAGGAGGGCCGAAAGGCAUGGACCAGAGUAAUUGGGCUUGUUACGGACUUUGCAAGGCAAGCCAAUACCGGGAUUCGCCAUCCCGAUGAUACCCAUCUCAAGCACCAGCUCUUAGACUACAUUAUGGCCUUUCCCUUCGCUCUCAAGUGCCACAUUAUUUAUGGAUCCGAUAUCCGAUGUGAUUUAGAAAGGUUCCUUCCAGAAAAUGAUAUAUCUGUUGUUCUCAGUUCGCAGCAUCCACCUAAUUGUAUCAUUCAGUUUAUGUCCGAAUGUUUGAGGCAGCUGCACUUGAAUGAUCAUGAACGCCAUAGUUUUGAUUCACAUUUAUCUCAAUUCAAUGAUAGUAUUGCUGUUUGCCAAAGUCUCAUUGAAACACCAAUUCCACUAUCCUAUACUCGUCUAACAUCAAGGUUUUUAGUCCUCUGGCAUCUCACUCUUCCCAUUAUCCUUUGGGACCAAUGUGAGUGGAUAGUUGUACCAGCUACAUUUAUCAGUGCAGCAUCUUUGUUCUGCAUCGAAGAAGUUGGAGUUCUAAUUGAGGAGCCUUUUCCUAUGCUUGCAUUGGACCAAAUCUGUUCCUUGACUUCUGACAACAUUAGGGAAAUGGUUCGGAUCCAGAAAUUAAUUGAUGAACGUUUGCAUACAAAGGAAGGAAAGCUUUUCGCAGACAAGCUUGGUUCAAAUGGUAUUGGAAGGGAAAACAGACAGGAAAAUCUCAGAAUAUAAAAGUGCCUGCAAAGUAUCCUUGAUUACUUCCAAUAUGUUGGUAUCGGAACUGAAAAUUCGAGUCAUGUGGAGGUAAUUCCUAAAUUGAUAUUAGUAGAAAAGCAAUAGAUAAUGAUUACAGGUUUACACAGGCUUUGAGAACAUAUAAGCAAAGGAUUACAUAUGAAUGCAGAAGUAGAAUUACUGAGGUGCAGAUUAAGCACUGAAACUCAGUCAGUCAAGCUUUGUUUAUAUAGGAUGGACGGACUGGGAAAUAAUAUAUCCAUAUUACCUUAUGCACUCUUGUAAAUGCUAGCUAUAGCUGUGAGCCAUUUUGGCUUGAAUGUCAGGGAUUUACUUUUGACUGAAACUGAACAUUGGGCUGAUUCAGCUCAAGUUAAGCAAAGCUCAAGUACAAUCUAGAUUAUAUAUUAACUCUCUUUUACUUUGCUAUAGAAAUAUCAUCGACACUUUUCUUGUAUUCAA